AUGCCGCUCCUCCGUGCAGGGGGGGGGCCCUGGCCUCUGAGGGGCCCCCCCUUCGGUCACCUGCGGUACCCUUUCGGGAUUCUGGGGGCCCCAAAGACCAUCCAUAGCGAAGCAAAGGAUAUGGGGGCCCCCCAGGGGGCCCCUUCAACCUUUCGUGGGGGCCCCCGCCGCAGCAGCCGCAGCAGCAGCAACAAGGAGUCUCGAAUGAAGGCCCAGGGUACUCUUGCUAGGGGGGCCCCCAAGAACGGGUUUUGGGGGGCCCCCCGCAGCAUACCUGGGGCCGCAGCGCGGUUCCCUCGGCCUGACCUUGAUGAGGCAGCGCUCAGAGAGGAACAGAGAAAGGUAGAGGGGGCCCCCCACUGGCUAUUCGUUACAACUGAGGAGACAGGACCGGGGGGUACCCGCUGCACGCGGCAUAUGUUGGGUACGGGGGCCCCCAAUGCAGAAAGGGGCCCCCAGGAGGAACCUCAGCAGACCCACUCUUGCUCUGUAGGGUACCAGCAGAACCAGCAGCAGCAGCAGCAGCAGCAGCAGCAGCAGCAGCAGCAGCUAAGCUCGGAGAAUGUUUCUCCCGUUUGUAUUUAUGAUGCAGUGGAGCAUAAGGGGAGUCAGUGGACCCCGGGGGGGCCCCCCUCAUCAGUACCCUCUUUCUUUUCAGGGGGCCCCUCCGACUGGCGGUUUCAAAUCACGGAGGAUUUCGAUGCAGACUGGGCCUGGCUAUCAGGGGGCCCCUGGGCAGCAGAUGCAAGGGGGCCCCCGGGGGCCCCCCAAGGGGGGGGGGCCCCCUUGGAGCGUAUAGAAGACAAGCGGCUUAAGGUGUAUGUACGGGGCCUCGAUAUACCCAAACCCAUCUCUCUCCUCAACCGCCACCAGCUGCUGCAGACCCUGCAGCAACCCGAUAGAGCCAUGGGCCUCAAACCCCCAAAUAAACACAAGGGGCCCCUUGGGGGCCCCCAGGGGGGCCCCCAAGGGGGCCCCCAAGCGGGGCCUCAGGGGGGCCCCCAGGAGGGGAACCCUCAAGGGGGCCCCCCCCUGGACCCGCCCCAGCAGGGCCCUCAGCGAGACCCUCACGGGGGCCCCUGGGGGGCCCCUCAGGGGGGCCCCUGGGGGGGCCCCCAGGCGGAGAGGAGUGGGGAUGGUUGCGUUGGGGGGUUGGUGGUGCCCCUGUGUCCUGAGGCGUAUGAAGCUGUUGUAGAGAGAGCCAAACAAAUACUGCAUUCAUUUCAGCGGCAGCAGCUGCUGCAGUUGCUGCUGCUGCUGCAGCAGCACACCUACGUGCUGCAGCAGCAGCAGCAUCGCAAUCUACAGGAGGCACGCGGCUUAUGGCUGCAGGCGAACGCAGCAGCAGCAGCAGCAGCAGCAGCAGGAGCAGCAACAGGACUGCAGCAGCAGCACCAACACGAGAUGCUAGCAGAGCAAGCAGCAGCAGCAGCUGCUGCUGCUGCUGAUGCAGCAAGAAGCCUCAAUGCACUGCAGCAGCAGCAGCUGUUUGAACUUAUAUUCGAUGUUACCCUCCCCCACCUGCCGCAUAUGCCGCUCGAGGAGCUCGGCAGCCUUUCGCGGGUUUUCGCUUUCUGCGUUCCAACGAAGGGUUUGGGGCUGCUGCAGGUGGUGGCGAUGCAUGCGUUUGACCGGAGCUGCUCAGCUCUAUGGGGGCCCCCCGCUGCAGGUGCAUCCGUGGGGGCCCCACAAGAGGGGGGCCCCCAAGAGGGGGGCCCCCAAGAGGGGGGCCCCCAAGAGGGGGGCCCCCAAGAGAAGGGCCUCGCCUGGGGUGUGUUGCAGGUGCUGCCGCCUUUUGCUUUGAGCGUGCAGCGUCAGGGGGCCCUGGGGGCCCCCUGGCAUCACAGCAGAGCAAAGAGGGGGGGCCCCUCAGGGGCCCCCUUCACUGCUGCUGAUAUCCGGGGGCCCCUUGCAGCAGCAGGGGGGGGCCCCCAAGAGACAGGGGGAGGGCUUGGGUUUGCCUCGCGGCGGCUGGUAGAGGUCAUCGUGGGGGAGCGAGGGGCUGCUGAGCUUCUGUCCCUCCCAAGAGGCGCGCUGCUGCAGCUUCUUCUUUGCUGCUGCUCCGUCGGCUCAGGGGCCUCUGCUGCUCCCCUGACAGCAGCGCAGCAAUGCCUUGACGUGCUCUUCAGGGGCCCCUUGGGGGCCCCCCCCUCAACAGCAGAUGGGGGCCCCCCGGGCCCCCAUCUGCUCAGCUUGGAGGAGGCCCUGUGGGUACUGAUAGGCUGCACCUAUCGCAACGCUCGUGGGGGGCCCCCUGUGUGGCUGUUGCCGGUACUGAGGGAGAUGUGGGGGCCCCCAUCUGCUGCUGCAGCGCUGCUGCAGGCCCCUAGGGUCCUCUUGGGGGCCCCCCUCUCUGAAGAGGGUACUGCCGAGGGAGGUGGAUUCCCUGUGCGCUGCUCGCCACCCUUGGGGCCCCCCGGGGGCCCCCAUGCAUCCCUCCUCACCCGGGAGCAGCUGCACUGUCUGCUGCAGGUGCUGGCGCAGUCUCUGCUCCCUCAGGGGGCCCCUGAGGCCCCCUUGGAGGAGCUGUUGCGGGGGCCCCUACUGCUGCCUGCAGCAGAGGCAGCAGCAGGGGGUACAGAAGGGGUGGACCCUCAUCUCUCCGUCGGCUUCGAUGCCUGGAGGGUACAGUUAAAGAUAUACCAAAAGGGGGGCCCCCAGGGGGCCCCCCACCUCACAAAGCCGUUUGAUUAUCUUGACGAUCAGGGGGGCCCCCAGGAGGAGCUGCAGGUUACAGCGGUGCCUGCUGCAGGGGCCCUUGCUGCUGUAGAGUCGCUUGCGUGGGCUCUCUCGAGGUUGCUGCAGCAGCAGCAGCAGCAACAGCAACAGCAGCAGCAGCACGAGCAGCAGAAGCAGCAGCAGCAGCAGCAGCAGCAGGAGCAGCAGCAGCAGGAGCAGCAGCAGGAGAGCAUCAAGCGGGCCCACCAGCUGCUCCUCGCUGUCGUAUCGGAGAUAUCUGAGGCAGCAGCAGCAGCACCGCUGCUUUCUGCUGGUGCCCUCAUUCAGGGGGCCCACGCCUUGGCUGACGCAGCAGAGCAUUUGGUGGGGGCCCCCAUGGGGGACCCCAAGGGAUCGCCUGGGGGGGCCCCCGGGGGGGGCCCCGGGGGGGCCCCCCACCCUCCAGCGUUGCAGCAAUUCGAGGGGCGGUCUGCACUUUUGGGGCUGGCAGCAGCAGCAGGCCGUUUGCUGCUGGGUGCAUGCAAUGCGCUGCAGCGGGGCCUUUACCCGGGGGCCCCCCAUCCUGGGGGCCCCCAUCAAGGGGCCCCUCAUCCCGGGGGCCCCCAUCAGGGGGCCCCCCAUCCUGGGGGCCCCCUUGAGAAUCUCUUGGGCGCCGUUUGUUGCUGCGUCGUUCGGUUUGUGGGGGCCCUCAGCAGUGUGGGGCCCCAUAGGGGCCCUCAGUUGCCUGCGAGCGAAGCAGCAACAGCAGCAGCAGCAGCAGCAGCAGAACCCGUUGCUGCUGAUGCUGCUGCUGCUGCUGCUGCUGCGUUUGCCAUCGGUGCAGCACGGUGUCUGCGCGGGUUUCGUCUGCUGCUGGGGGCCCCCCCUUCUGACUCGAGGCCGGUAGAACCCCACUGUGGCCUCUCUUUAAGAACACAAGCGGAGUGGCUGGAGGCCCUGGGGGCCCUGGGGCCCCUGCUGCAGCGGGCCCCCAAGACACCAAACGGAGAAGAUACGUCUGUACCCUCUGGGGCCCUCGAGGUACAAGAGGAAGCUGCAGCGGCGGCGGUGUUUGCGGCUGCCUCUUGGGGCCCCCUCAUCAGGGCCCCCAAGGGUACGCGGCGGGGAGCAGAGAGGGGGGCCCCCUCGGAGCUGUUGGCGGCGCUGCAGGCCUUCUUGGGGUGUGUGGGGCCCCCAGCAGCAGCAGCAGCAACAGCACCAGCAGCAGCAACAGCAGCAGCAACUGCAGCAGCAGAAGCAACAGCAGCAGCAACAGCAACAGCAGCAGCAGCAGCAGCAGCAACAGCAACAGAGGGCAUCAACGCCGCUUUAGAUAAACUCAUUCGCGUCUCCCCCUAUGGUCCUGAACAAGAAACUUUGGCUGCAGCAGAGCUAGCACGCCAGCUGCUGCAGCUGCAGCAGCAACUGCAGCAGCAGCAACAGCAGCAGCAGCAGCAGCAGCAGCAACUGCCUGAGUUGGGGGCCCUCUAUGUGACUAUCAAAGGUGUAAGCACUGCAACACUGCAGCAGCUGCAGGGCCUCAGCAGCAGCAGCAAAGCUACACAACCCCAAUACAACGUCGGGCGGACUCUCUUCGUGGCUGUUCCCCCAACACCAACGCAAACCCCACAGGGGGGCCCCUGA